UUUAUUUUUUCUUGAAUUUUUUCUUGAAUUUUUAUGCAAACCCAUCAAUCAAAAAUCUAUCUUUUACUCAAAAAUCUAAUCUUUUCUUGUUGUAUUUGCCAUUUUGAUUUCUGGGUUUCCUUUGAAUUGUAACAAUUAAUUGUUUCUUGAACUCUAUUAAACUGUUUUUUUGCGUUUAUAAUAUUAAUAAUUAUAAUAAUGAAAGGUGAAAAAAUGGCAAAAAGAUCAUCAUUUGGGAGCUUAGUAAGAAAAAGACUGUCUGAUAUUACGAAUUCUCAGCAACAAACACCCAAAAUUGUUAGCAUUGAAGAAAAUCAGCAGCAGCAGGAGCCUCCAAUUUCUAACCCUACUGAUGAAUUAAUCAAUCAGCUUCUUAAGGAAAGAAUGACAUUAAUGAAGCUUGUUGAAGAAAGAGAUAAAAUUAUAGCAUUGAGUAAUAACCAAAUGAGGAGUCUGAGAAUGCAAUAUCAAAAGCUUCAGAUGCAGAAUUGGAAUCUUGCUCAAUCUAACAGCCAUAUCAUAGCAGAGAUUAAUUUUGGAAGAGAAAAGGUGAAGACACUACAACAUGAACUUGUAUGCAAAGAUGCCUUGCUUAAAGCAAAGAAUUUGGAAUUAGAGGAGAAAACAAAUAUCCUCGGUCAAAACACGGGCUCUGAGGCGAAAACAAAAAUCACUGGUCAAAACAUGGGCUUUCAGGAAGUGGAGAAGAAUGAUGUAGGAGAAUGCUUGAACAAAGCUUGUAAUGAUAUGAAACCCGAUGCUCGUUGCUCCAGAAGGCGUAUACCAAGAAGCCGAUCUAUGGGAUCUUCUACUGCAUCAAGACAAUGUGCAGAAAAACAAAAACUUGAAAACAAAAGACUAUGUGUGAGAAGGCAAUCUACUAGUGCUAUUAGAUUCAAAUCCCAAGAUGAAGAAUCGAGCGAAAACUUGUUUGAGAUCGACAAUGUUGAAUUUCCAAUCACUCAUCAACAACUUCAAGAAGAUGAUCCAACUCUGUCAAGUUCAUCUAUUAUCAAUGAAGAAGACGAAACGUGUCACACAAGUAAUGGAGCAAAGUUAGCACAGAAACAGAGACAUUCAAUAGGAAGACCGAUUCGUAAAGCAGCCGAGAAGGUUCAAUCAUACAAAGAAGUUCCACUUAAUUCGAAAAUGCGCAGAAAUUUAUGAUUAUGAUUGAAUAUAAUCAUCUGCAGUACAUAGACAUAACUAAAAUACUGUACAAGAAUUGAGAGUUUCUUUGUAAGUUUCAUAGCUGUUGUUUUUGUGUUUAACCUAUUAACUUUCUUGUUACUGUUUUUGUGUUGCAAGUUUAACAAUUUAUCGUUCUAAUGCAAGAGGUUUUUCAACGAA